AUAUUUCCGAGAUGAAGCGUACUGAGUCUCGGUACUUUCGUACCGCGGUCAGAGGUGUUUCUAAAUUAUUGCUAAGAAAUAGUGUUACUAAUAAUGGCCAAAGCGAAGAAAGUUCCAAAUGAUCCAAUGGCAGUGCGCUGGGCGGAGAAAUACAGUGAUAGUUUGGAUACCGGUUGGUCAAAACUGCCAAGUUUUGUGUCGAAGAUAGUGGCCACGAUAGCAAUUUGUUUACUUGGUCUUUCAAUCAACGGUGAAUGGCUGAAUAUAUCCGUGCAUAUUGCAAAGCAAUUCGGUUACUUCAACCAGAAAGCAAUUCUGGAACAUUGGUCCGACAUCUGGGAGAAACGCUUUGCAAACCUAUGGGGUUUCUGGCUGGGCGCCGUCAUUGUUUCCUACACUAUCUAUUUCGUGAUCGGAGGCUUCCUACACUGGUACUUUUACGUGCGACAACGGGAUCGCCCCGAGGAAUGGAAAUGCCAGCCGAAGAAGUGGCUUUCGCCUGAAUUGGAGCUGCAUGAAAUUCUGUUCGGCAGCUUUACUCUGCUGGUGAACAGCUCGGCGUCGGCAUUAGUCAGCUGUUACAUCAGCAACGGCGGAUACAGCACCGUUUAUUAUAAUUUCGGCGAUUAUCCGUGGUGGUGGAAUCUGCUGCAAGUGCCAAUCGUAUUCAUCUAUCAGGAUUACAUAACGUAUCUGAUACACAGAUUGUACCAUACGCCAUUCCUCUACAAACACUUCCAUAAGCUUCACCACAAGUACAAACAACCAACUGCGUUUUCGGUAACCGCCAUCCAUCCAGUGGAAAGUCUCCACAUACAAUCGACGUAUCUAGUGCCACUAUUUGUCCUUCCUGUGCACUGGCUUCCCUACUACGCCAUUCAGAUCUACGUGUAUUAUCACGGCAUCAUCGAUCACUCCGGAGUGAAUUUCAAAGCGUACUGGUGGCAACCGUGGCAACCCGACGCGAUCUUCCAUGACAAUCAUCACCAAUAUUUCCAUGUUAACUUUGGCUUCAACUGCUUCAUAUGGGAUAAACUGCACGGGACCUACAGGCGAAAGGAUCGGAUUUACACCGAAGAUAUAUAUUACGGUCGCGGCAAGGCAAUCAGCGAGGUGACCCACGAGGAGCUCGACGCGGACAUCAAGGAGAGAUUGUCGGAGAAUCCGCUUGCCUAUCGCAGCAACGAAUUGGACUUCAAAUUGACUAACAACGACUUGAAAUCGACCAAUGGUUCCGCCAAGAAGGCAAAAAGUACGAAAGCCGUUAAGGCACAAAAGAACAACGUAAAUACUCCUAAUUCAGCUGCCAAAAAAUCCAAGUCUACUAAGAAGAAUUAACCAUGUAUUUGCGCUUGAUAUUUUGAAAGUCGUGAAAACUGUAAAACUUUCAAUUUUGCAAAUGCGCGUUGUUAAUAUAGCAAUCGUUGUUU